CACACAAAAAAAAUAACUUUACGGAGCACAUGAGAGUUCAUACUGGAGAGAAACCGUUUACUUGUGGUCAGUGCGGGAAGAGAUUCUCACACUCAGCACACCUUAAGAGACACACAAACAUCCACACUGGAGAGAAACCAUAUGCAUGUGAUCAAUGCAACAAAACAUUUUUGUGCGCUUCAUACCUGAGGACACACCUGAAAGUUCAUACAAAGGAGAAAGCACAUUCAUGUAAUUUGUGUGGAAAGAGUUUUACAUUUCUACAAAGUUUGAAAGUACAUCAGAAAAUACAUACUGGUGUGAGAGAGUACAUGUGCUUUGAGUGUGAGAAGAUGUUUAAUUCAGCAAAGUGUUUAAAACGGCACAAGAGGAUUCACACUGGAGAGAAACAUUAUAAGUGUUCACACUGUGAUAAGAGAUUCAGUCGGUCAGGAACCCUGAAAACACAUGAGAUGAUUCACACUGGAGAGAAACCAUACACAUGUGAUCAGUGCGGAAAGAGUUUCACAAUAAAAGGAAGCCUUACAGCACAUAUGAGAGUUCAUACUGGAAAUAAACCGUUCACUUGUGAUCAGUGUGGAAAGAGUUUCUCACAAUCAGCACAUCUUAAGGAUCACAUGAACAUCCACACUAGAGAGAAGUGCGGAAAAACAUUUUUGAGAGCUUCAGAACUUAAAAAACACCUGGUAGUUCAUACAAAGGAGAAGCCCCAUUCAUGUUAUUUGUGUGGAAAGAAUUUUUCAUUACUACAAA